AUGAGUAUGAUAGAACUCAUGAAAGAAAAUACUGUCGAAAAACAAAAGGGGAUAAGUAAAAACCUCUGGCAGGAGAUCAACGCUAAAAAUUCAGCGAUUAUAUCUGCUUAUGAGGAAAUUAGCAGAGCAUAUAAAAGAGCUGAAACAGUAACAAAUCAAUUGAAGACACUUUUACCUGCCAAUACAAACGUUGUAAUUCCACAUGAAUCUUCAGGAAUUAAUGUCGUUCAACCACCAGCACCAAUAAUUAGAACAGAAAAUAUGGACUCAAGUCAACGGAAACUUAUCAUUAUUAAAUCUUUGAUGGUUAUAUCUGCUUAUGAGGAAAUUCGUCAAGCGCAUAAGAAGGUGGGAAUUGCAAUAGAACAAUUAAGAGCUAUUUUGCCUACGAACGAAUGUAGUAUAGCACCACAAAUUUCAACAGAGAAUGAUUCAAAUUGCUCGAGUAUAUCCCGGCCAACAAUCGAUGAAUUGUCAUCGGACUGGUCAUUUAUUAGCGAUGAAAAAAUAACAUUUAAAAAUCCUGCUAUUGGUCUUGUGAAAGUUAUUGAGUUUGUAUUUGGGAACCUUGCCAUUAGUUUUGAAAAAGCCAAUUUUGUAACAUAG